UCUGGUGUCGUCCAGAGUUGAACCUAAACAAGACGCAGUCGGGUUCAUGGCGAAAUCAGACGGAGGUGCUGGCGACAGUGCGUCUAUGAGUGGUUUGAUUGCAGCAGUGGCUCGUAGUCGUGGUAGCUCGUUGGUAUGUUCUCAUUGUGGAAGGUCUGGACACGACAAGAAGGAUUGCUGGCAGAUUGUCGGGUUCCCGGAGUGGUGGACAGAACCAAACCGUACCAACACUAACAAUCCCGGAGUGGUUUCGGGUUUAAGCAAUCCUACUCUGACUACUCAUUGUUUACAUAUAUCAAAGGAGACAAGUCGCUGCGAGUGCUCAUCUAUGUCGAUGACUUGAUCUUGACUGGAAAUGAUUCAACGAUGAUGAGCAAGUUCAAGGUGUACCUGAAUGAGUGUUUCAAGAUGAAGGAUUUGGGAAGAGCUAAGUAUUUUCUGGGAAUUGAAAUCGCAAGGGGGCCUGAAGGAAUGUUUUUGUCUCAGAGGAAGUAUGCCUUAGACAUUGUUGCAGAAGCAGGGAUGCUCGGAUGUAAACCAGUUUCGACUCCUAUGGAACAGAACCAUAAGUUACUGUCAGAUAAGGGGGCGUUCUACACGAAUCCUGCACGGUUUAGACGAUUUGUGGGAAAGCUUGUGUACCUUUCCAUUACGAGACCUGAGCUCAGUUAUGCUAUCCAUGUGCUCUCGCAGGUCAUGCACAAACCAAGAGAAGCACAUUGGGACGCAGUGGUACGAGUGAUGAGAUACUUAAAGGGAUGCCCCGGACAAGGAAUUAUGCUGAACGCUGCGAGUGAUCUUCGUCUUCGUAUAUUCUGCGACGCGGACUGGGCUGCUUGCCCCAAUACGAGGCGAUCAUUGUCUUCCUUCAUCACUCUGCUCGGGAACUCUCCAAUCUCCUGGAAAACUAAGAAGCAGGACACAGUCUCUCAUUCAUCUGCUGAAGCAGAAUACAGAUCGAUGGCUGCUGCGUUGCGAGAGCUCAAAUGGUUGAAAAGACUAUUGAACGACAUGGGAGUGCAACAUAAGUGGCCAAUGGAGAUGUUUUGUGACAGCAAAUCAGCCUUGUAUAUUGCAAACAACCCUGUGUUUCAUGAACGUACGAAACACAUAGAGUCUGAUUGCCAUAGUGUUCGAGAUGCAAUACAGGAUCGACUGAUUGUGACCAGGCAUGUGCGCACUACAGAGCAGCUAGCAGACAUCAUGACAAAGGCCUUGGGAGGUCCUGCGUUUAACUACUUGCUAUCCAAGUUAGGUGUACGUAAUCUCCAUUCACCUACUUGAGGGGGAGUGUUAGUGUUGGUACGGUUUGGUUCUGUCCGGUCUGGUAUUACUUGAGGAGUAAGCUUUGCUGGAGUCGAGAUAAGGUCGUAUAAGAGUUGUUAGAGAAUAUAGAAUAUACGUAGAUGUUGAUAACUAAGGAUCUAUUGUGAAGAUCUCUUUGUCUUGUAUAUAUUCUCAUUGUGAGUACUGAAUACAACAACACGUUCUCGAUACUUUCUUCCUAAAUUUACAUGAAUCACAUAACUGAAGAAGAGUGGAAGACAAAGUACGAUGGAGUAUGGUGAGAAAUUUGUGAUGCUUUUUUGGUGUUCAAAUAUAUUUAUAUGUGUGAACAAGAUCUAGUGUGGUUUGCUAUAAAUAGAUGAUGUACUUUAACAUUCAACCGACCAAUGCAAACAAACCUACUUCUUUGUUUUCACUCCACGCACUUCUUUUUAUUUUUUUGUUUCCUAAUUGGUCUUCCUUGUUAGAUACGUAAUAUCAGUUUCAAAUAUAUUGUUUUUCCUUAAUUUUAACGGUAUUUUCUUAUAUAUUUUGUACUACCUCCCACACCGAAUACACUUUGCUGAAAACCACAUAAGCUUUAACAUCUACCAUGGAUAUGAUGUCUUUUUCUCUUUAAGUUGUAAGAAAUAUUUAUGUGUCGGCUAAAAUUCAAAAACCUUGCAAAUUAAGUCUUUGGCCCGCUCUCUUCUCUGUCUUUUUUUCUCCUUCGUUAAUUUGGUCUUGAGGUCUAAAUAAGGUUUUCAAGUUUUACCUCAAUAAUUAAGAUAUCGUUACCUAAAUCACUUUUCUGAAUGGAGUUUGAGAAAAAGAAACCAAAAAUUAUUAAAUGAUUUUUUUUUUCAAAUACUUGGUUGGAUAAGAGGAGGAAAUCUUAAAAAUUGGGUAAACUUUAAGUUGCUAAUUAGAAAAUAGGAUCAUACCAAAUUUUAAUUUGGAAAUAGUGUCACUUUGAUUUUUAACCAACUGAAAAAUCUCAUAUGUCCUUGGUAAAAAACUCAUAAUAACAGUUAUGCCAUUAUCUUAUUCAAUUACCAUAUUUCCAAAACAAAUAAAAAUGACCCAUUGGUUCAAUCAAUCCAAACCACUGCCGUAUCUCCAUCGUCGUAGAUCGCUUCCAUCUCUUCUCCUGUGAGCUCACUUCUCCUUCAAAACAAAUCAGCUGAACUAGAGGUGACAACGAAGAACGUGCUGGUGAAGGUUUUAAUUGCCGAUGCGGUAUGGUCGGUGUAUGGAGAAUCCGAGUUACCAUCUUAUGGCGUGAGUACAGAAUCAAUGGUGUUUUAUCUCUGUGUUGGCUACUCCACCUCUGAUCUCAUGCUGAGGGUGUCUACAAUCAGAGGCUUCAGAAUUUGGCUGUCACACUUGACAAGGCUGAUAGGCGAAGUGAAUCUUGGACUGAUAUAUCCAUAUGUUUCUUGGGUUCAAGAAUGCUUGGGAGUACAGUAUUCCCAUGGCUUAUGAGCGAACAAUCAUGCAUUCCUCUGGCUUGAAGAUUGCUUAGUCUACAUAUACGCAAUACUUGGGACUUUGUUCUCUAUAAUAUAUAGCCUAUGAUUAUCAGGAAAUAAGCACAUUAGUAGUACUUUUCUGCUUAUUUUCAUGGCUUUGCUGGACUGGUACUGCCUUUGCCUGGAAAAUUAAGGACCAUGUAAUAAUGCUAAUGUUCCCUGUUCAUUUUUCGGACUAGAAUAUUUCUUCUUUAGUGUAAUGAAUUUGUUAAUUGUUUUAAUUUAUAGGUAUGUACCGAAUGAACUGCACUGAGGGAUACUGAGAGAGAAUUCUAUCGAUUUUUGAAAUAUUGUUUGUUUUUGGUUUUGUUCAUGUCUUUUUUAGAUCAUCUUCUUUGGACUUUAGGAGUAAAUAUGAAUGCAAUUAUUUUCACGUUUUAAAAUAUCAAUCUGCAUAAUCUAUUUGUAU